GUCAUGAUUCUCGCCUACCGCUACGUCAGGGACAAGAGACGAGCCGCGAAGGCGGCCCGCGAAGCAGAAGCUCAGGGAACUCCUGGAGCCGAGCUUCAGCCACUUGGGGCUGCUUCUUCUCAUAGUCGACAGGAUGCCGACUCGCAGACAGUAGCGGACUCACCCGCGGCGGCCUCGACAUCCCAUGGCAUCUCCUCAUCAACCAAGUGGAAGUUGCUGCUGAUGGUAGCGCUGUUCAUCCCCGUCUUGUUCGAGACACUCGACUACACAGUCGUGGCCACCGCGCAGGUCCAUAUUGCUUCGGUCUUCAACCGCUUGGACCUCCAGAGCUAUAUCGGCACAGUCUACCUCCUCACUUCGACCGUCUUCUUACCCCUCUUCGCCUCCCUCGCGGACGUAUGGGGCCGGCAUUGGGCGCUCCAGCUGUCGCUCAUUCUCUUCGCAAUCGGAAGCGCGAUCAGCACAGGGUCGCAGAACAUGGCUACCAUGCUGGCUGGGCGCGGAGUCGCGGGCAUCGGUGCGGCAGGGAUGUUGUCGAUUUUCCGAAUCAUCAUGGCCGACUCCAGGUCGCUCGAUGACAACAACUGGCAGCAAUCCCUGCUUUUCUUCUUCACCGUCGGCUACUGCAUCGGACCUGUCAUCGGAGGGGCACUCACUACCGUCUCCUUCCGCUGGAUUUUCGCCAUCAACCUCCCGUGCGCUGCUCUGGCUAUCGUGCUCUCAUUCCUCAUCCUCCGCGGUAGGACGAAGGGCCCCCAGCCGCGUAACAGCGGCCUUCCCGGAUCUGAACCCGUACCCGAGACCUUCACGCAGAAGAUGCUCCGAAUCGACUGGAUCGGCGCGCUGCUCUUCAUGGGCGCCGGCAUCCUGCUCCUGCUCGCGCUGAACUGGGGCUCGUCCGCCGAGUGGAACUCCGCGCGCGUCAUCGUCUCCUUCGUCGUCUCCGGGGUGCUCUACCUCGCGUGGAUUGCGUGGGAGCUCAUGCUCGAACGUAAUAUCGAGGCGGAUGCGGGCGCGACCGCGCGCAGGCCCGCGCUCCUAUGCAUGGAGCCGAUGAUCCCGCUCGUGCUGUUCCGCUCGGUAGACCUGUGCAUCGUGCAGUACGCGACGUUCGUGAACGGGAUGGUCAUGCUCGUCAUGUUUUACUUUGUCGCGAUCUUCUUCGCGAUCGUGCAGGGCCUCUCGGGCACUGAAGCGGGCACGCAGCUCAUUUUCUUCGCGCCUGGGCUCGGUGCGGGCUCCCUGAGCUCCAUCUUCUUGUUGAAGGUCUUGCGCCAGCCGAAGUGGCCCAUCGUCUGCGGCGGGGUCAUCAUGUGUGUCGGUCUCGGGCUCGUCUCGUACGGCAUGAACCUGAACGACGAGAAGCUCGUGGACGGGUUCAUGGCCAUGACCGGCGUCGGCGUCGGGCUGUCCAUCGGCCCACUCGCGGUGCACGUCCGCUUCUCCCAACCGGACGGCCGCGUCGCCGUCGUCUCCGGGCUCACCCUCUUCUUCCGCUGCCUCGGCGGCACCGUCGGCCUCGCACAGUGCGGCGCCGUGCUCAACGCCAAGGUGAACAGCAGCAUCCUCACGCUCGUGCGCUCCGGCACACUCGACGCCGCAGACGCCGCCGCGCUCGCGUCCGGGCUUGGCGCGGGCGUGAGCUCGCUGCAGGACAUCAGCGGGCUUCCCGAGGUGGUGCAGAGCGCGGUGAAGGACGCGUUCCGGAACGGCUCGCGCUGGGCGUUCCUGUCGCUGCUGCCGUGGGCGGCGCUCGGGAUGGUCGCCACGCUGUUCUUGUCGAAUAUCCGCGACACGGACCGGGAGGCGCGGGAGGCGCAGGCGGGUGUGGGGCAGACGCCUGAGGUCGAGAAGAAGCAGGUGAAUGAGGCGACGCUGCCGGUGGUGGUGGGCGAGCCAAGGCCAUGAGUGCGGCAGUGGGUAUGAACUUACGAACAUGUAACGAGCGUCUGCUAUCUUAGGUCCUGCUCGGUAAUCUCGGACAUCUGGUUGACAGCGUAUGGUAUACCCUCUACGAAAU